AGGAGGCGGCGUGACAGUUAAGACGGAAAGGCAGCGUUGUUUUCAUACCGUUUGGCUUCUCAGCUGCCUUGCCUUCCCUGAAAUCGCCUAUUCUGAUACACAACUGGGUGCCAUCCUCUGUCUGCAUUUUCCUUCCCUGAAAGAGAGAGAAAAGAAGGGAGCGGGAGGGACCAUGAAAGCCAUCAGCCCGGUGCGUUCGGUGCGGAGCUGCUUGGAGGCGGUGUGCUGCCUGUCGGAGCAGAGCCUGGGCAUCGCGCGCGGGAGCGGCCUGGCCCUGGGUAAGGCUUGCCCCUCGGCCGAGGAGCCGGCCAGCCUGCUGGACGACAUGAACGGCUGCUACUCCAAGCUGCGCGAGCUGGUCCCGGGCAUCCCGCAGGGCAGCCAGCUCAGCCAAGUCGAGAUCCUUCAGCACGUCAUCGACUACAUCUUCGACCUCCAGAUCGUGCUCCAGGAGCAGGCCCAGGAGAAAAAGAGCAGGAGCAGGAAGGACACGGCCGGCCAGCCCGCAGCCCUCCAAGCUGCAGGUGUGGGAUCCUGGCACUUGGUUCUCUCCAGCAAGAGAGAGAAAGAAAGAGAAGAUAGAAGGGAGGGGAAAAGAAGAGACCUUGGCUGGAGAAUGGAUCCGAUGAUGUUUUAACCCUCCUGCGCCCAAUCCUAGAGGAGCCUCUUCUUCUGCCUUUAUCCUCCAGAUAAACUUGUCUGCGGAACAUAGACAUCCAAGGCCAUUUCAGAUGCCUUGAUACUCAGUUUUCUAAUACCCCCUCUUUUUAAAAUCAGCAAUAACUGAUAAGUUAUCACUGAUAAGGGUUAUGGGCCCAGCACGCUUCCGCUGUGCAACUAUGCUAAAUGGCUCCUCUGGUUCCCCCCCCCCCCCCAUCUGUAUAAAAAACAACAACAAAAACUGCUGGGUAAAGCAAUAAUAAUAAUAAAAAUAGAACCAUCUCUCCUCUUUCCACGAUUCAAAUUAAUCAUCAGAUCAUUGCAUUAACACAGGAAGAAACUUGGCAUCCCCAGCAGGAUGUUUUUUUUAAAAAAAAUAAUGGGUGGAAGAAGCGGUAUCGGAGUCCUCUGCUUUUAUGCUGAAUGCGCCCGGUUUUCUGGUUGGACAUCUCCACGAACUGUGGAUUGCGUGCUUCCACUGUGGCAACCUUCCCUGAAAGAGGUGGACCAAUUUGGAAAGUCAAGGAAAGAAAGGGCAGGGCCAAAACUCCUGCAGAUAGUAAACUUUUGUGUAUAUUUUGGAUUAUAGUUUUUUAACAUUGGUUUUUGGGAAGGAAGGAAGGGGCGUCGAAGAAUACCAACAGAACUCUCCUGGGGCUCUUUCUUGGCCUCGCGGUGUUUUUUUCCCCCUUAGUUGUUGAACUCUAUAAUAGAGAUAACAAGCGUACCUUUUUAUUUUGCAGGAAGGUGAAUUUCUGCAUCCCUAUGUUGUACUUACUUUGUUAAAAAAACUUUUUAUAAAAGUUUGUUACAUAAUAAAUUUUAAACUUGACUUUA